AUGGCAAAGAUACUCAGAUGCCCAGGCUGUGAUCGAGAAAUAAGAACCGGUAAAACCCGAGAUCUUAAUAAACACAUGAAUUUAAAUGGAAACCUUCGUAAAGGUCAAUGUUUACCAGCUUUGCGUUUAAUGCAAAACCCAGUCUCAGUAGGAAAUCCAGCUGAAAACCCAGUAGAAAAUCCAGCACCGACUCCUGAAGGCGAUCUUAUAUCAUUUGACGAAAACCCACUGACACACCAGCCAGCCCAGCUGAAAGAAGAAAAUGUGCCGGCAGUCGACCCAGAGAUAGGACCUAGUAUAAAGCAAAACAAAACUAUCCUGAUUUAUAAAAAUAUACCAAACGGAAUCGAGUUUUAUGGUGGAAAAGGAAAAUGGUAUGGAGUUAAAGAAGAUUUCCGUACAUUAUCUAAUAA